UUGGGGAUUGUGAGAAUUGUAGAGACAUAUCCUGGGGCUGCUGCCAGCUAACAUCCUUUGACAUGGGCUUUCCCCUCUCUAUCCUCCUCAUCCAAAUGCUACUCUGGGCACUUUUAUUGGUUGCCGAGUGGUGCUCCGGACUUCACGCAGAAUCUAUCCUGACACCUGAUUUACCCAUAACUAGAGGCUCUGUUAAUAAUGAGGAUAUGGUUUUGCCCACUCAUGAUAUACUCCAAGGUCAGUCAUGUGACUUUGAAACACCUUGCUCUUGGGUUUCAUCCUCAAGAAAGGAUGGAAAACCUCACUGGAUCCAAUCAGACAUUAGGAUAUUACCACCUCAUGAACGAAUGCAACUACUACAAAGCAAGUCUUCAGAUAUUUAUGAUGGUAUUCUUCUUCUGGACACCAGAAAUUCCUCAGAAACCUGCCUUGUAUCCCAUCUGAGAAGCCCAUCUUUUCCCAGAAGCCACAAGACCUGUUUGCUUGAAGUGAUGCUAUACACAAAGGAAGAUUUAGCAGCAGCUAGCUUUACAGUGUCAGUCCAAAACAUUAUAGCAAAUCACAGUAUACAGCUACUACCCAUAAGGGAUAUGACAGUCUUCAAGAGAUCCAUUUGGAAAGUGCUGACCACUGAGAUUGGUGAAAGAGAUGGCCCAUUUCAGAUUACUAUUGAAUAUACAUCUUGUGAAGUGAAGACAAAUACGCUACUUGUCCUGGACUCCCUAAAUCUCAAAAAUUGCUUUAGUAGUGAACAAGACAAGGAUGUAUCUGAUUGUCAAAUGGAUUCAUCUUUCCGUUGUGGAAACAAGGACUGUAUAAGCCGUAAAAAAGUAUGUGAUUUCCAAAGGGACUGUCCUGAAGGGCAUGAUGAAGCUUCUAUAUGUGGUGACAUCAUGCCUUUAGGUGCUUAUUGUUCCUUUGAAGAAGGGAUGUGUGGCUGGAGAAUAAAUAGCACCACUUCUGCCAUGUGGACGCACACAGAUUCUGCACAGUUACAACGUGCUGAAGUACCACUGCAUGAAAUGUUGCAGGGUAAAGGAGGACAUUUUCUAUACUUGUAUGUGCGCAGCCAACAUACAGAUGGGGAAGCCAGCGUUUACAGUGUCAGUCUACCAGAACUAUUGACAAAUGAUUGCGAGUUUCGUUUCCACUUCCUUGUGUAUGGUGUCUAUAAUGGAUCUUUAGAACUGAAUUCCUUUGAGGAGAAUGGAGUGGGAAUCCCCUUAAAGCUCUGGGAGAAAUAUGGAUCCUGGACUAAUGUUUGGACAUCAAUAUCUGUGAGAGUUCCCCAGUUUCAGAACAGAUUUCACCUGCAGUUGGUGGCCACCUGGGGCUGGAAUUCCAUAGUGCAUAUUGCUAUAGAUAACAUCACAUUUGAUGUGGAUUGCUUUCAUAAAGGAAGAAUAGAAAUUAGUUCUGUAAUGCAGGAACAUCCACAAGAAACAAGUACAUCUGAAGAUUACAUGGAGACUCCGCUCUCUGAGCCUUCUCACCCAGAUGAGACUUUAGAUAUUGAAUGGUGGUUUAAUUCCUGUGGUGCAAGUGGACCUCGUGGACCAACACAGACCCAGUGCGACAAUGGAUAUCGCAACAGUAACAUAUCUGUAGUAGUAGGGAAGGAUGGCCCACUCAGAGGAGUGCAAAUGUGGAGAGUCCCAUUUACCAACAUGUACAGAAUUUCUGCAUAUGGAGCAGCUGGAGGGAAAGGAGCCAAAAACCACAACAAACGGGCUCAUGGAAUCUUCAUCUCUGCUAUCUUCCAUCUCAAGAAGGAUGACAUUCUAUACAUCCUGGUGGGACAACAAGGAGAAGAUGCAUGCCCCGGGAAAAGUGAAUUGACCCAAGAGAUUUGCAUCGGAGAAUCUUCCAUCAUUGAAGAUGAACGAGAAAAGACGUCUCUUUUAAACAGACCAGGAGGUGGUGGUGGUGGGGGAGGAGGAGCUACUUACAUCUUCAAGGAAGAAAAUGGUCUUUUUGUACCACUUCUGAUUGCAGCGGGUGGAGGGGGAAAAGCAUAUCUAGAAAAUCCUGACAGCACUUUAGAACAUGCGCAACUCGAGCAGUUUGAGAACAAUACUUCAGUUCCUGGACUCAACGGGAUGUUUGGAGCAGCAGGUGGAGGGGGAGGCUGGAGUGAUAUCACAGAGGUAUCUUGGUCAGGUAAAUCCCUCCUAGAAGGGGCAGAAGGGGGUUACUCCUGCUCUCAACCAGUAGCCGAUCUCCAGUGGUCUACAUAUGGUGGCUUUGGUGGCGGUGGCGGUGCCUGCACAUCUGGAGGAGGAGGAGGUGGAUACCAAGGGGGAAAUGCAUCGCAAGUGGAUGAUAUCACCGGUGAUGGACAGGAUGGUGUCUCUUUCUUGAAUUCAAUUGGAGAAAUAUUCCUUCAACCUUUAGCUGCUGUGGAGAGUCAUGGUGAAGUACAAAUUGAGCUGUCCUUAAAUUGUAGCCACUGCCAUUCUGGGAGCUGUAAAAGAGACCACAGCCGCAGAAGGAUAUUAUGUCUCUGUCAGGAUGGAACUGUGCUAGCCAGCGACAACAUCACAUGCAUUGCUCCCAAAGGACCUGUUCCAGAGAGGCAGCUACCACUGCCACUAAUUCUUGCUGUAAUUAUCGCGACUGUUAUACUGGGUGUAAUUUUUGCCUGUGGAAGUCUGUCAUUUUUUUAUCACCGUAAAAAGAAGCAGCUGGAGGGCGCACGGGUGCGGUUGCAAAGUACGGAGUACAAACUAAGCAAGAUACGAAGCUCCAUUAUCAUGACUGAUUACAAUCCCAACUACUGUUUUGCGGGGAAAGGAGCAAGUCUAAACGAAUUAAAGGAAGUCCCUCGCAAAAAUAUAACUCUCCUCAGAGCUCUGGGACAUGGUGCCUUUGGAGAAGUGUAUGAGGGAUUGGUGGUUGGUAUUGCUGGAGAUCCAUUACAGGUAGCUAUUAAGACUCUUCCUGAAAUCUGCUCUGAACAGGAUGAAAUGGACUUUCUAAUGGAGGCUCUUAUAAUCAGUAAAUUCAGCCAUCAAAAUAUUGUGCGUUGCAUUGGAGUAAGUCUUCAAACUCUCCCACGUUUUAUUCUGCUGGAGCUUAUGACUGGCGGGGACAUGAAAAGCUUUCUCAGGCAUAAUCGCCCAUGGGAGAAUCAGCCAUCCACCUUAACAAUGCAGGACCUGCUGAACAUGGCCAGAGAUAUAGCUUGUGGCUGCAAAUACCUUGAAGAAAAUCACUUCAUCCACAGGGAUAUUGCAGCCAGAAAUUGCCUUUUAACCAACAGUGGAAUGGGUCGUGUUGCCAAAAUAGGUGACUUUGGAAUGGCUCGAGACAUUUACAGAGCAAGCUACUACCGUAAGGGAGGAAGAGCAAUGCUACCUGUCAAGUGGAUGCCACCAGAGGCUUUUCUGGAGGGAAUAUUCACCUCUAAAACAGACACAUGGUCAUUUGGGGUGCUACUUUGGGAAAUUUUUUCACUGGGUUAUAUGCCCUAUCCUUGUAAAACCAAUCAAGAGGUUCUUGAAUUUGUUACUAGUGGGGGUCGAAUGGAUCCACCAAAAAAAUGUCCAGGGCCUGUUUAUCGAAUAAUGACUCAGUGUUGGCAGCACACACCAGAGCACCGUCCCAACUUCUCUACAAUUCUCGAACGGAUUAUUUACUGUACACAGGAUCCUGAUGUGAUCAAUACAGAAUUGCCUGUCGAGACUGGCCCAGCACCUGAGGAUGAAGGGAGCACAAUUAUGCGACCGACCAGCUGCAAUGGGUUGACACCAUUAGUCAGUAGCUCUCCACUUCCUCCACAACUGGACACACAGACUACAGAAUAUAAACUUGGAGAUCUUCCUCAGCAGUUAUUAGUUGAAAAUCUGGUUGGCUGGAACAUAAAAGGACAAGGCUUACAAUGUUCAUCUGAACCAACAGAAAAGUCAUGGUUGCCAUCAAAUCCCAUCUGUAUAACAGAGACAAAACCCCAGUUGGCACACAAACUAAAGAACAAAACCAAAAACCUAUGGAAUCCAACUUAUGGUUCAUGGGUUAUGGAGAGCACCUGUUGACUUACUCCAAUAUCUUAGGUUUUUUAGCUGGAAUGAGAAGACUCAGGUUUGCAUCCCAAGACUGUGGAUCUUUUUCCACCACAUGGGUGUUGUCAACAUUUCCAAAGAAAAUUCACUGCAUCUUACUUUCACAUUUUAUUAAUGAAACUAUUGAAAUUUGAUAUAGGACACUCUUAUGUUGAACAGUGAAUUGUGUCUUCAAACCAAUAAAAGUACUUUACAUGGACAGUAUACAGACUAGGACAUAACCUCACUAAUAUUGAUACAAUUGCAUAUUUUCUUUAUUUUGCUUAUUAAAGUUUUGUAUAUGUUAUUGAUGACAAAUAGGCAGUAUUGUCAAUUUGGCAACACCCUGAUCUGCAAGUGGGGAGCAGUUUGUAAAUUAGAACUCAUAAUUAUUUGUUUAAAAAUCCUGCUGUACCUUUUUCUCCUGUUUAUUUCAUAUUAAACAAUGCAAGCUAGCUACUAAAACAUGAAAA